GCGCCGGGAGCUGGUGGGGAAGCUCCGAGCACCUGGCGGCUCGGGGCUGUGUGUCCUGGGGGCGGGACCGGAGCGUCGUGGCGCGCAGUCGGGCUUGCGGAUUCGGCGCCCGAGGCGCAGGCCGAAGGGGACGCGUUCCUCUGGGCAGGGCGGCCGCGGGCGGCUCCUUGCUCUCCGGGUCCCCGUCGCUCUCGCCAGGCUGCUGGGACCGUCCCCUUUUCCCACGUCCUGCCGAGCGACCCUGGCAUAUGUGUCCUGAUGCCGGCCCAGCUGUCACCGAGAGCCCCUCUGGGAGACUGAAAGGGUCAGCUCUGGAGCCCCAGGCUAGGGUCGACUUAGGCCAGGGAAUGGCAUCCUUCCGGGAGCUCCAGGACCGUGCUCCUGCGGAGGAAGAAGGACUUCUGAUUGUGAAGGUGGAAGAUUGCUCUUGGGAGCAGGAACCUGCCCAGCAGGUGGACAGCGAGGAUUCAGAAGCCUUCCGCCAGCGCUUCCGUCAGUUCUGCUACCAGGAUGUGGCUGGGCCACAGGAAGCCUUCAGCCAGCUCUGGGAGCUCUGCUGCCGCUGGCUGCAGCCGGAGCAGCACAGCAAGGAGCAGAUCCUGGAAUUGCUGGUGCUGGAGCAGUUCCUGGCUGUGCUGCCAGGGGAGAUCCAAGCCCAGGUGCAGAGACGGCACCUUGGGAGCGGCAAGGAAGCUGUCGCUUUGGUGAAGGACAUACAGAAUCAGUCGUUGAAAGCCGGGCCACAGGAUGAACCCUCUGAAGUGGAGCCUAAGGCAGCAGGCCAGGCACUCCAAACUCCACGGCCUCCCCAGAAGCAGCUCCCUGCACCCCAAGCGCGGCACAACCAUGCUGAGCUUCCUGUUCUUAAAGAAGGACAGACAGGAGAGACGAUGGAUGUCUCCUUUGCCUCUGCAGUGCCUCUGCCUGGGAGACCUCAGCUGAGUCAUAUCUCCUCAUUCCAAAAACCUGUGGCAUCAGGAGACAUCCCUUUCUAUUUUUCCCGAGAAGAAUGGGACUCCCUGGACCCUGCUCAGAGGGAUCUCUUCUGGGACAUAAAGAGAGAGAACUCCCGGAAUGCUGCCCUCGGUUUGGGAUCCAAAAGCCAGAACAAGAGAUCUCCUCCAGAGGAGGCUGUGACAACAUUGUCGGGACAGACUAACUGUGAAGUGACUAUGUCCUUGAAUCCCGAGGAGGCUGACACCGAGGUCUGGGAGACCAAGAACCCACAGAGGACAGCCGUGGGCCCGCUGGUGGUGGCGCAUCGGGGGCGGCCGCCCACGCAAAGGCGCCAGUUUCGGGAUUUAGUGACUGAGAAGCCGCACAGCUGCGGGCAGUGCGGGAAGCGCUUCCGCUGGGGCUCAGACCUAGCCCGGCACCAGCGAACACACACUGGUGAGAAGCCACACAAAUGUCCUGAAUGCGACAAGAGCUUCCGCAGCUCUUCGGACCUGGUGCGUCACCAGGGCGUGCACACUGGCGAGAAGCCCUUCUCCUGCUCUGAGUGUGGCAAGAGCUUCAGCCGCAGCGCCUACCUGACAGACCACCAGCGCAUCCACACAGGGGAGAAGCCCUUCGGCUGCAGUGAGUGCGGGAAGAGCUUCUCAUUGCGCUCCUACCUGCUGGACCACCAGCGUGUGCACACGGGCGAGCGGCCUUUUGGCUGUGGCGAGUGUGAUAAGAGCUUCAAGCAGCGUGCACACCUCAUCGCGCACCAGAGCCUACAUUCCAAGACGGACCAACUCGGGUGAGUCGCCAGUGGGACCUGAGCAGUCCAGCGAGGUGGACACUCCCUGUGAUUCUCCUGGUCUCUCUUUGUUCGUCUUGGAGAAUUCUUCUCUUGCCUGUGACCACUGCCAGCCUAUGGAAGGGACCCAAGGCCUCUGUACUCUGAACUGGCCUGCCUGCUCCCGGGAUCUGCCUCCUGUCUCUCCCCUUCCUGCUCUGAAUUUCUCUUCCACUUUUUGCCUGGAGUUUCACAGUUUCUAGUUGAGUAUCAGGUGGUGUGAGGCCUCCCGGGCAGGACCUAGGGUUUCUCCCCAGGACCCUCCGGGCUUCCUUGGCUGGAGGCUAUCUGUUUCUGUCUACUUGUGCCUUCCUUUGGGGACUGGCCUCCAUCCUCAGGGGACUGUUUGGCUUUGGCAAGGACCAUGGGCCCAUACCAAUGAGAAUUUAGGUCCUGGGUUCAGUCUCAGCAGCUUCCUGGCCUUGACUCCCCACACUCCCCCACUUCCAACCUGUGACCCCUCUUUUCUGCCCCAACCCCAGGAAGCGCCUAGCUGUCGUGCUGUGAGCCCUGAGACACUGGCCUGCAGGUCUGGAUGUUAGUGGAGGUGGUGGCUGUAGCAGCAGCUGGCUCUGGAGAACACCCAUUCUUCCAGACGUGGGGCCUUUGUCGUACUUACAUUAGCACUCUGUCAGUCAGCACUUUGUAGCUGACACCUGAGCACUGUAUUCAUGUUUUUAGUCUGCAUUGCGUGCAGACUGACGUUAACAGGACAGCAUAGACCCUCCAAAAGGGCUCAGCCCGGUGGGGUUCAGAAGGGUUUGAAUAAACAUGGACCUUUGCCUUGAGG